AUGACACCCUUGUUGGUGGUUUUAUUUGAUGUUAAUAUGUAUUAUAUUGCGAAUAUUCUUUGUGGGUUAGAAGGGUGUUACAUUAGUGGUAUCAGAGCCGGUCGUUUGGUCCGACCAGAUCAUCGAAGGGAGAAUCCGCCUACCUUCAAGGGUAAGUAUGAUCCUGAUGGGGCGCAAGAGUGGCUUAAGGAGAUCAAGAGGAUCUUCAAGGCGAUGGACUAUUAUGCGACGCAGAAGGUACGUUAUGGUACUCAUAUGUUGGCUGGAGAAGCUGAUGACUGGUGGGUUGGCACACGUCAGAGAUUUACGGAGACGGGUGCGUUUUCGAAGUGUAUCAAGUUUGAGAAUGGGUUGCGUCCAGAGAUCAAACGGACGAUUGGAUAUGAGCAGAUCCGUAGGUUUACGAAAUUGGUGAACAAUUGUCAAAUUUAUGAAGAAGAGAAUAUUGCCAAUUCGGCUCACUACAAGAGUUUGAAGGAGAAUAGAGGAAAACCCCAUCAUGAUCGUAAGAAGCCUUAUGAUGCUCCUGCUGAGAAAGGGAAACAGAAGGUUUCCGAUGGGAAGAAGACAAGUGAGGGAGGAGCUCCUGCUUCUGUCCAAUGCUAUAGGUAUGUUGGGCAAGGUCACCAUUUCAAUGAGUGUGAGAACAAGGGUCAUAUCACCACCCAGUGUCAAAAGCCAAAGAAGGAUGUUGAGGCUGUCAAGACUAAUGGUAAAGUGUUUGCUUUGAGUGGGACUGAAGAUUCCAAGAAGGACUACUUGAUUCGAGGUACUAGUUUUAUUAACAAUAUUGAAUUGGUUGCUAUUAGGGGUGUUCGCGGUGCGGUUUGUGCGUUUUGA